AUGUCAGAAACUAAGAAGUUAGUUAUCCUUGGAGGUGGAGCGGCAGGGAUACUUAUAGCUAUAAAAUUAGCGAAUACAAAGGGCCUUGAUAUUACACUUAUUGAUAAUAAAUCAUUUUAUGAAUAUACUCCAGGUCUUUGCUCUGUUUUAUAUGAAAAAACAGAAUAUGACUUUCAAAGACAUUUCAAUAAAAUCACUUUUGAUUACGCUCCUUUUUUAAGUAAACGGAAUAUUCAAUUUGUACUUGGAAGAGUUAAAUCUUUGAAAGAUAAAAAAGUCUAUCUGUUUAAUGAUGAACAUGAGCCAAUCAUUGAAUACGACUAUCUAGUUAUCUGUACAGGAUCAAGUUAUGCAGACCCUUGGAAAACCCUUCUUACUACCAAUGAAAAUGAAGCAUGUUUAAAUUCGGAUGCUCGACUUGAAUAUUUGCGCCAACAUCGACAGAAAUACUUGGAAUCAAAUGAUAUCCUCUGUAUUGGAGCUGGUCCUGUGGGUGUUGAGUUAGCUGCGGAAAUAGCUCAUCGAAGUCCACAAAAGAAAGUUACGAUUGUCAACUCAUCUGAAUAUGUAUUGUCAAGUGCACCUGCAGAAAUAGGUAAAAAUGCGCAGAAGAUCUUGGAAGCUAAACCCUCUAUUCGAAUCAUUUCAAAUGAAAUGGCCUCAGAGGUCGAUGCAACAAAAGACGUUUAUGAGACAAAUAAAACACAUACAAGGUUUACACCGGAUUUAGUGUAUCAUUGUGUUGGUAUUACACCUAAUACUGACUUUAUGGAAUCCGUUUGGCUUAAUGAACGGAAACAAAUUAUUGUAGAUGAAUACUUGAGGAUACCAGGUGUAGAACAUGUAUUUGCAGUAGGUGAUGUCAAUUCAUUUGAUGAACCCAAGAUGUUUUAUACAGCAGAGAUGCAAGCCAUUCAUUUCGUAAGGAAUUUACGACGUAUCAUCAUGAAACACAAGGAAUUGAUUCCUUAUCAUGGAUCGUUACCUAACAUGGUCAUUUCGUUAGGCCCUCACUAUGGAGUUGGCUAUCUUUCUGGUAUUCGAUUAACAGGUUGGCCCUUUGGUCAACAAAAAGGAAGUCACUUAGCAGCCGUCACUAAGAAAAAUCUUAUGGAGGUCGAUUUCUAG